AAAAGAUGUCCGUCUUCCUGUGCAGCUGCAGCGUGCCAUGGCCGCGGAGGCAGAAGCAACGCGUGAGGCCCGCGCUAAGGUAAUCGCUGCUGAAGGCGAAUGGAAAGCCUCAAGAGCACUCAAGGAAGCGGCUGACGUCCUCACUGAGUCGCCAUUCGCUGUGCAACUGAGGUACCUCCAGACACUGGGCACCAUAUCGGCUGAAAAAAAUUCCACCAUAAUAUUCCCACUUCCGGUUGACCUGAUCACACAUUUUAUGCCUAACAACAAUAAUAGUGGCAGGCGGUCAAGUGCCAACGCAUCAGCUUCAAGAAAUCGGGUGACCACCGUUGCCUCUAACGCAUUAGGAUCAGGCCAGAACAAUAAUGCGAGUUCAACCACAGAAUCUUCCACACAGUUUGCCGUUUAAUUGAAGGAACCGGGUGGACGCAUCGGAUGCCAGAAUGUUGCUAUCCUCUGUUUCCCUUCGUUGAUCUCGUGAUGAUUUUCGGGGGAUACUGUUCCCUUAUGUACAUAUUCCACCAUGUGAUUCAGUUGGAAACUCCAAAUUCAAACAUUACGUUGAGCGAACUAUACAGAGAUUCUAAAUCUAUUUAUCAACCAUGCCUAACAGUGUGUGUGUUUUACUAUUCGUAGCGUCAAUUGCUUCAGAAUCUCACACGACAAAUAACCUUUUAUUGUAUUGAUCA